AUGGCUCGACAUCAUACAUCCUCAAGACUAGCUAGUCAUAGUUUAAGAAAUUACAUAGUGGCUUUUAUUUUAUUGGGUGUUCCAGUUGGGUAUUGCCAGAUAGAAAAAUUGUACGUUGAUGUAAAAGAUAUGAAUUUAUUGGUGGAUGAGACUAGAUUGUUCAAAUUAGUACAAAUCGGUGAAUACAACACAUCACUUCAAGUGUCUUCAAACAUCCAACAUCCGGAUAUAGUACAAUUCGUGCCACCAAAAAUCGACAUUCCAGGGUCUGAUUUACCCAAUGAAACAGUUGAAAUCACCUACGAUAUAUGCGCCUAUGGAAAAAGUCCCGGACAUUCUGAAGUCACCUUCAAUGUCACCCCGAGUGGUUUUGUCAAUUUGGACACGGUGUUUGUUCGUGUGACUGUGAUGUAUUCCAACGCGAUCUACGUCAUAUCAUAUAUCAUGGGUUGGAUUUAUUUCCUGGCGUGGUCCGUAUCAUUCUACCCUCAAAUCUAUAUAAACUUCAAGAGGAAGAGCGUAGUCGGCUUGAAUUUUGAUUUCCUGGCAUUAAACAUAAUGGGAUUCGCCAUGUAUUCACUGUUCAACUGCGGUUUAUAUUUCUCUAAGGAUAUACAGUCGGAGUAUUUCUCACGUCAUCCCCGAAGUCUGAACCCAGUCCAGUUGAACGACGUGUUCUUCUCACUCCACGCAUCAUUCGCUACACUCAUCACGAUAACGCAGUGCUUCAUAUAUGAGCGUGAGAACCAGCGAGUAUCAGUAACGGGUCGCUGUGUGCUCGGUGGGAUGGCGGGCGUGGCUCUAGUAUCUGCGAGCGUGGCGGGCGCUGGGAAGUUAGCCUGGCUAGACUUCCUCAAUUAUUGCAGCUACAUCAAACUAUGCAUCACUCUCAUUAAAUACGUGCCACAGGCGUACAUGAACUAUAAGAGGAAGUCAACGGUCGGUUGGAGUAUUGGAAACAUUUUCCUUGAUUUCGUUGGCGGUUCAUUAUCUGUCCUACAAAUGACCUUGAAUGCCUACAACUAUAAUGAUUGGGUAUCAUUCUUCGGAGACGCGACGAAAUUCGGCCUCGGAUUAUUCAGCCUGGUGUUUGAUAUCUUCUUUAUAUUGCAACACUACGUAUUCUACAGAGAACACAAGGAUUUAAUGUUUGAUUCAAGCGAAGAAGGUUCUAUAAGGACGAAUGGUGGUAGUGAAUAUUAUUUGGUACCUACGUGGUUCGGCGCAAAUGGGCUACCGACCACAGUCACCGGUGACUGUCACGCUACGGACACAUUUCACACUACCGUAGGUGUAGCGAGUGGCCGCCACAGAAUGCGCGUAUGUGGCGCGUCUAUAAAAAAUAUAUUAAAAAAUGUGUUAACUCGCCGUCGCUGGUCACCGGUGGCUGUGGUCGGUGGCCCAUUUGUGCCGAGCCUUAAGCUAGAAAAAUAA